AUGGAAUUGAGGCCCAACAUUUGCAGUGACUCCAAUGAUGAAGCAUUCUCCCCCAAGGCACUUGCUGUUGGAAAAGGCAUCCAAUGGCCAGACUUGCAGCCGUCCAAAUUUGUUUUAACAUUGGAAACCCCUGUCGCCACCGUAGACUAUGGUUCGGAGGUAGCUGGGUACCCAUUCUUCGAAAUCGAGUCAGUAGACACACCAGCACAGAUUGAAGUCAAAUAUAGCGAGCCAUAUCAUGGUCUCGAGAAUGUCUGGGGGGAUGGUCCCUACACAUUCGCUACUGGUCUCUCCAAUGCUGUUCGGGUGGAAACAUUCAAUAUUACCAAAGCAGGAAGUGUGACAUCUUCAUUGAUUCAAGGUGGACAAAGAUGGCAGUCUAUUCGAUUGGUUGCCGGCAAGAAAGUCUCAAUCUCCCGAGUGGGCUUCGAGCCGUCAGUUUCUGUCACGGAUACAAACAUCUUCUUCCCAGCUCAAUUCUCAUCUGAUGAUGCUGUGUUCAACGCGGUCUGGAGACUGGGACAGAAAGCUACAACUCUGGCAUGUCUUGAGAAAGGUUCCCAGAAGGCCAUUUGGGAUAUCGAUUCAGCCAAAGGAGCCUUUGUACACAGUACGAGGGCCACCCCGAAUGUCGAGGCAUCUAAACUUGCAAAUUACACCUUGGAAUUCGAAACUUCUAUUGAGAGGGGUGGAGUAUGGUGGUCGGUAGCCCAAAACAUAGGUCUCGGCAAUGCCAUUCAACUCUUACUCGUUGGAGAGUUACCCGAGGCAUCAACUUUUGCCAACACGAACAAGUCCUUGACCCCCCCAAAUAGUAUUUUAUUGGCAUACGGGUAUGGGUUUGUGAACCAAACGACCCUGGAAUCUUAUCUGCUUGAUACCUUUACCAUUCCAUUCAAUGUCCAUGAAAAGGAAUGGCACACCAUCACUACGGUUCUUUCACAUGGGAACCAGCUUGCUGUGCAGCUGAAUGGCACGUCUGUCUUCAACGUCUCCUUAUCGGACUACUACACUGGCGGCUCUGAAGUAUCACUCGACGGGUCCUUUGGUUUCGGAGCCUAUCAAGAUCAAUCUGCCUGGGUCCGCAACGCUCAAGUCCAUGACAGUGCUAACGGUUCCUCUCUUUAUACGGACAGCCUUCGUGACCAGAGUGCUUUGGCACGAUACGGAACACAGGCUAACCUAGGGACCGUUUGCUUGGAUGGGCCCAAACGAGACCGCUUGGUCUGGAUGGGCGAUUUUUAUCACACCUCACGUAUUAUCGGUGCUAGCACUGAUCGAUUCGAUUGGUCACGCGGGACCUUGUCUUUCUUACUGGAAACCCAAGCUUCCAAUGGCCAACUGAAUUUUUCACCCAGUAUGGGAUAUGAUCCAACAACCACCAUUGAUGUUUUUAGCACAGACGGUGCUUAUGAUGGAUUGGAAGAUUAUCAGAUUCUUGGCUUCUUAGCCUUCUAUCACUUGAUUCAACAAACCAAUGAUUUGCAGUAUGCAGCUCAGACUUGGCCACAGUGGGAAAAACAACUGACAUGGCUUUUGAGUACCAUUAAUGCCACAGAUGGACUGGUAGACUUGGAUAGCGCAUUCCUCGGCACAGGCGAUGGGGGAUCGGCAGUCAGUUGCAUUGCAGUCGAAGCCCUCAACGGAGCCGCGGAGAUUGCCAGUGCACUUGGCAAUACAACUGCCGCCAGCACAUACAAGGACUCCGCUGAAAAGUUAGCAGAUGCUAUCAACACGCAUCUCUGGAAUGAAGAGCUUGGAGUUUACUCCCUCGGUCGAUCAGAAAAAAAUGACUUCAGCGUCGCUGGAAUUGGACUUUGUAUCACUUCUGGGGUUGCAAAUUCAACCAGAGCCUCACAGGCAGUAUCUUCCCAGAUUCUCGAGAAGCUGAAACUUGGCCCUGGGUACAAAGAUGAUACAACGGUAAAUGCAACGGAGUCCGGAGUCUCAAUCUCACCAAACACCAAUGGUUUCUUAUUGCCCGCUUUGUUCAUGGGUAAUGCCACCACAGCCGCCAAGGAUCUUCUUCGAUCUGCGUGGGGAGCAAUGUUGUCAGAGGAUGUGGAAAACGGUCUGGGAAAUGACACUACAUCUACCGGCGCAAGCUGGGAAUAUCUCGACCUGGAUGGCUCGCCCGGUCUGGGCCUUUUCACGAGCUUGAGCCACCCAUGGGGAGGCGCGGCAACAUACGUUCUCACUGAGUGGGCCGCUGGAUUGCGUCCAGCCAGUGGACCUCAAGGAUUUGGAUACAAGAAUUGGGUCUUAGCACCGGACACAGGAAUAGAUAUGGGCCUAAAACAGGCAAGUGCUCGAGUCGUCACGGAGGGGGGAAAUAUUUUGUCAGUGGCAUGGGAAGUUGAAGGAGAAUUGUUGAAAGUGACAGUCAACGCACCACAUGGUACUAAAGGGAAGAUUCAGAUCGGCAGUAAAUACGAGACAGUCAGCGGAGGAGGUACUCAGACACUGCGCAUGAAGAGAUGA